ACAUCUAGCAGGGUCAUAUUUAUCGAUAGGCGCAAAAGCCGCGUAGGUUAUCGGUAUACGCGAACUAGGCAAAACGUGAAAAGACGUCCUCGUCCACGUCCUCCCAGUUCACGCAGAUUUCCAAGGAUGCAUCCGUCCCGCCAUCGAUCAAGGCACCAAGCGGGGUUGACAAACGAGAUAACGCACGAGCAGUGACAACUACGACGGCUGUAGCGAGGUGUUUCCGGACGAUGAUAUCGGCGGGGCCAGGUCAUUGGCGGCGGUGCGGCAAGACGGAUCAAGGUGGUAGGGACCUGCAUGCUGCCAGGAUAAGUCGCGUUGGUCUUGCGCUGCCCUCAGCCUUCACGAGGUGAACAGAGAAUGGAGGUGACUGCGUCAAGCUGUUAGCUCGGCUCGGCACAACAGCAACAACCCAUCGGUGGAUACCUGGCUCCGAUCACGUCCGUCUUCCCUCCGUUUGGGGCAGUAUCGGGAUCUUAUGGUCAUGAGAUCGGGAUUGCCAGAGGAUCGCGAAACGGGACUCUCGUGGCUGUUUCGCUUUUCGGAGGUGGCGCGAUCAGACUGGUGUCUGGGAUCUGGCACACUGGUACCCGCCACUGCACCGGACUUGAUUGGCUGUAAGACUGCGGUUGCGUGCCAAGAGCUUGACAAGCUGUGGCGGUCGACAAGUGGACUCGGGCGGGUCGUCGGGCAAGCGAUUAGCUAUGUGAGCUCAGCCACGAUUGGGCGUCGACUGCAGCGUCCAGAGCCUUGUCACUUCCUCCUGCUGCUGUUCUGCACCUUACAUCUUGCAACCUCCAACUUAUGCGUCACCGGAACGAGGAGCCGUCAAAAUGUCUCGAUCUCCGGUCCCGAAGUGAACGAACAUGGAAUUAGCGUCCUGUAUGAGGCUGAGAACCCCACUAUCGAUAUCCUCUUUGUCCACGGCUUCACCGGUCAUCCCGAAAGAACCUGGACAUUCGACUACCCCCCUGAGCGAAAUCUUCCGCUGAGGAAGCGCCCCGUGCCUGGCUCCAGCGACGUCCAACCUCCACCUUCCAAAAUCGCACGCAUCUUCUCGUCACAUCCGCAACAGCCCACAGGGCUGGAUAAACUUGACCCCGACCCCCUCCAGGAACCACACGGCGUCUAUUGGGCCCGUGACUUGGUCCCGGCUACACUUCCCCAUUCUCGAGUUCUCACAUACGGCUACGAUACGAAUAUCCGUAGCAGGUUCGGUGGCAGUCCUGUGAGCCAGAAGUCCGUGGGCGACCAUGGCUGGGACUUGCUCUGUACCUUGGCCGACAACCGUCGGGACGCGCCUUCGCGACCCCUCGUCUUCGUCGCCCACAGUCUAGGUGGACUGCUCUCGAAGGUUGCCUUGACCAAAGCCAAUGAACACGGUCAACUUAAGUCCCAGGCUCAUCUGCUCAGCAUUCCUCAGUCGACAGUUGGCUUGUUAUUCUUUGGCACUCCCCAUCAGGGAGCAGACCCACUCAACAUUGCACACCGCGUACUCAAGAGCUUGGCGGGACUCGGGGUACAAUACAAUGAUAGCAUCGUACAGACAUUGUUGCAGAGAGGGGAGUAUUUAAAUUCAAUCCAAGACAGCUUUGUAAUCUUAUCAAAGCACCGUCGUUGGACUAUCUUCUCCUUUCAGGAAGAAUUUGAAGAUGGCCGCCUUGGCAAGAAGGUUGUUGAAGAUGAAUCCUCCUGCAUUGGCGAUCCUGAACUCGAAACUAAACGCCAUAUCGGAAAAGAUCACCGGGACAUGGUCCGGUUCUCCGGCGACAGUGACCCAGAAUACCAGAAAGUCGCACACGCACUGCGCUCCAUCUACGAUCAUAUCCAAGUUUCAUCCGGGCCACAUCUCCAGCGGAGUGGUGUCGCAGAGGAUGACGUGUUCCCCAACAAUGAGCCGUUACCCGCAAAUGUACCCACUAUCGACUCGCCAGUGGCAGCUGAGGUCCUUACCAAACGCCAAGAGCUCAUGGACCUUUUGGACUUUGAUGAGAUUGGUGCUCGGUUGCUAUCGCUGAAGGCUCCUCUCAACAAGACGUGCGCAUGGUUCCUUAGGAAUGAGAAAUACCGCCAGUGGCUGGACCUACAGAACAUUGAUGACCAUCAUGGCUUCUUGUGGAUCAAGGGGAAACCCGGCUCUGGCAAGUCGAUCCUGAUGAAGUUCCUCGAGGAAAAGACCAGAUUGUCUGUUGCUAAAGAUCCCAAUCGUCUCUUCGCCUCAUUUUUUUUCAACGCCCGUGGCGAGCACCUUGAACAAUCCACCUUGGGUGUCUACCGGUCCCUGCUCUGGCAGCUGCUUCAACAUGCCAAGGACCUCCAACGAGUCCUUGACGAGUUCGAUUUUAACGCCUGGCGUGUCAUAAAGAGAUCUGGCUGGCAGAACGAGGCUCUGAAAAAGACCAUAGAAAGGGCCAUCGACUAUCUGGGUGACCGGGACUUGUCGGUCUUCAUUGACGCCCUGGACGAGUGCCAUGAUGACGACGUUGCCGACAUGGUAUCCUUCUUCGAAGACCUGGGCGAGCGAGCGGCUGGAAAAAGCAUACGCCUUCGCAUAUGUUUCUCGAGUCGCCACUAUCCAUUCAUCAAACUUGGGUGUGGCUUCGAACUAAUACUAGAGGACCAAGAUGAGCACAGCGACGACAUCGCCCUGUAUAUCCAAAGCAAGCUGAGCCUGCCCAAGUCAAAGCGAGCCAAAGAUUCGAAGCAAGCCGAGGAUUUCAGACACAAAGUUCUCGAAAAAUCUGCAGGGAUCUUCCUUUGGGUCGCAUUGGUUAUUCCUAUGCUCAACAAAGCAAAUGCUGGGGGCCGAGUCGACCAACUCCAGAAAUGUCUCAGCACAAUACCUACCAUCACGCUGAUGGCCUGCGCUGUUCGCUGUGGCGGGGGGCAGGAGGGGCAAGGUUCACGACAGGGGGAAGAGCGCACUGUGCGGGGGACCGCGGGGUAA